AUGGAACCAACGCGACCACAAUUCUAUCCCAAUACGCUGCAGCCAUCGGAAAUCAGCAAGGCGAGUCUGGAAAGCAUGCUACAAGAGCUACAACUAGCCAUCAAAACCAGUGUAGACAUUAUUGCAAAGAACUGUCAACGUCUAACAGAUGCCAGCACCUACGGCAACAUCUACAGCGGAACACCAGGAAUCGUUCUUUCGCUUUUACGACUAGAACGCCAGAGAUUAUCCAUUCAACAACAAACAGAUCAAGAUUACUUUCAAAUAGCGUCCGACUUGAUCAUACAGACGCCGACAGAUAUCGAACUUGUCGAUGGCCGUCUAUCCGCCUUGGCCUCGAAUGUAGGGCCGUCAUUCAUGCGAGUCUUAGCUUAUUGCGAACAACUCAAUUUGCGACCAGAGGCAGACCUGACUCCAGAUCCAGAAGAUUUCAGGCUCUUUACUCAAGCGGUUGAAAGAGCGACUCUUCACGGUCCAGUUUAUACUUUCAAGGGCUUUAGACUGGGUGGUGACGAGCUCAUCUUCGGUCGAGCAGGGUUGCUAUGGGCUUUACUUACACUGAAGAAGCAUGUGACUGGGACAUCUGGACCUAUUACAGCACAUUUAGACACAGCUUCACAGAGCAUUCCCAAACUUGUCGAUGCGAUUAUCGCAGGAGGUAAGCAAGGCUCCCAGGACUUUGUCAAGCUAUACGGUUCCAGAGACGCUCUACCUCUCAUGUGGCAAUGGAUGGAGGGAUACUACGCACUCGGCGCCAUGCAUGGCGCAACCGGGAUCCUCACGAUGCUACUCUCGUGCGAUCUCUCAGAUGAACAGCAACAAGACAUCGCAGACACAGUCACCAGUCUUUGCAAAAUUUGUAUAGGCAAAGAGGGGCAUUUCCCCAUGUCUAUUCCAGAUCGUCCCGAUGCGGCGACGAGAUCUUCACCUUUUGUGCAGUUGUGUCACGGUCCGCCUGGUUUGCUUGUUUUGUUGGGCAUGAUCUAUGAGAAGGCUUCAUUUAUGGAGCGGUUCUGGAGGCCGGAAUGGGAUCGUGCUAUUCGUCUAGGCACGGAGAAGAUUUGGGAAGAGGGGUUAUUAUCGAAGGGUGGAAAUGUAUGUCAUGGGUUGACAGGGAAUGCAUGGUCUUUGCUACCUUUGCAUAAUGCAUAUGAGUACCAUGGGCACUCUCUGCAAGCAGCAAAAAACAAGAGAAUGGCAGAACUUGCAAAGUCUGGAAUUAUCAGCGAGACAGAAAGGAACGAAGGGCUAAACGGAGACUAUUUCCUGUCUCGUGCACUACCAUUCAUGAUGCUCGCCCGCGAAUCGCCUCCUUACAGCCAGGAAGUUGACUUGAAGACAGCUUUUGACUUUCGCACACCAGAUCGACCAUACAGUUUCGGGGAGGGUCUAGCGGGACAAAUAAGUGCAUGGGCAGAGACAUGUGCCGUCAUUAAGGCUCGUUUGCGGAAGAUGGAGKUAAUGUCAGGCGAUGUGCCUUAUGAGAGAGACGAGUCCCUCAGAGAGUCGUUGACGGAACAACUUGGUUUCUUUGGUUUGGCUGUUAAUGGACCGAAGACUAUUUAG